AUGGCGGUGCCAAAUUUAAUAGCAAUUGUUUCAAAGCUCACCUACGUUGUUGAUUCUCUUGCAGGUCCCUCUUCGCCACACCCGGCUCCUAGUCCACCUUCUAUUGAGACCACUACUGAUCCUCAUGCACAUGGUCUCGACUACACUGACACUUUUAGUCCUAUUAUCAAGGCUACCACUAUCCGUGUUGUGUUUUCUCUUGCUGUGACCAACAAAUGGCCUCUUCAGCAACUUGACAUCAAGAACGCCUUCCUCAAUGGUACUCUCAUUGAAUAUGUUUAUAUGGAACAGCCUCUUGGCCGUACUGACACCUCUCUCUUUGUCUUUCAUCAGCAAUCUGGCAUUAUCUAUUUGCUUCUUUAUGUUGAUGACAUUAUUAUUACUGGCAACAACUCGUCCCUUCUUGACAGUUUUACUCGCAAGCUUCAUUCUGAGUUCGACACCAAAGAUUUGGGCUCUUUCAGUUAUUUUUUUUGUCUUGAAGCUUUGCCCACUCUUGAUGGUCUCUUUAUCAGUCAGUUGAAAUUUGUUCAAGAUAUUCUCACUCGAGCUCAGUUGCUUGAUAGCAAACAUGUUCACACCCCCAUGGUCCAUCUUGGUUCCCAUCACAUAGUUGUUUCUCAACACCUAUCUGCUGAUGGUCCUCCUUUUUCGGAUCCUACUCUCUACCGAUCUCUCGUUGGUGCCCUUCAGUACUUGAUUAUCACGAGUUCAGAUAUUGCCCAUGCUGUUAAUUCUAUUAGUCAAUUUCAGCACACCCCUACUGCUGAUCACUUUCUUGCUGGUAAGCAUAUUCUUCUCUAUGUCAAGGGCACACUUCACUUUGGCCUUACUUUUUGUCCGUCUGUUGUUCCUAGUACUCUAGUAGCUUACUCGGAUGCCGACUGGGCAGGAUGUCCAGAUACUCAUCGUUCCACAUCAGGCCACUCUAUUUAUCUUGGAGACAAGCUGGUUUCUAGGAGUGUCAAGAAACAACAUACUGUCUCACGCUCCAGCUAUGAGUCUGAGUAUCGUGCCCUUACGAUGACUGCAACUGAACUUCUUUGA